CUUGCAGCCUGAGCCAUGUCCAGAUCGCAGAAGGAAAACAGGGCUGUCAGGAAAGAGCCGGGGCCAGCGCUCAGGUCAAGGCCCUCUAGAGUUACCGAUGUCGUAGUGCGGACCGGUCCAGGAGUUUUUUCACGGGGUCACUUCCUGGGGAACCACAGUGUGCUAGAGAUCCUGAGGCAGGAGGGCUACGAGAUCGUCCACGUGCACCCGGAUCACCCGGAGCCAGUCGCAGAGAGUAAACCAGCUAAAGAGCCCGCAGCUCGGUCCAGCGAGGAGGGCAACGACACCAGCACGACUUCUCCCGACAGCUGGCUGAGCGAUUUACCGGACAUGGAGCUGGAGCUGGACGACUUCGAGAACAUGCCCGGCCUCGGAGGCGAGGAGCUGCCUCACAUUCUGCUCCCCGACAGCCUGAGCCAGCUGGAGGAAUUCGGACGGCACAAGCGGCCUCACAAAGCUCACCGCGGCCACGGGAGGCCCCGCCUCUUCAGCGACCUGUGGGUUCGCAUUGGAGACAGCACUACUCCACCGCCUAACGUGAGGAUAAUCAACAGCUACGUGACAGUGGAGCCUCCGCUCACCCAUCAAGAGCAGCACAGACGGACGGAGAUCUCCGUCACAGAGCAACAGCCCAGCGCAGCUCCCUCCACCCCUCCCAGCCCCAGCUCGGCCCGGCCAGCCUCAGUGCACAACGCACUCACACUGUCUUGUAUUUUAGCCUGGCUGUUAUCACACAUGCUGUUCACCUCCUGACCGCGACAAGACAGCGUUAUCUCACAGACAAACACUCCAGACACUACUGCCUUUCAUACCGGAGCAGGGGAAUGCACCUGAUAGACAAGGAGCCAGCGUCAGCACAUGCAGAAGAAGGCCUCCACCUGCAGGGAGGGGUCGGCUCCAGCCUGCCCAAGUCUUUACUAACUUUUUAAGUCUCGAAAUGUGCGGAAUAAUCUCUCGGACACGAAACAAGGACUGGACUGUUGGGAGUCUUCAAAGCUCAUAAAGUAUUAUGGUAGAGAGACAAACACUUAGCACUUAGUGUGGUGGAACUGUCUACCUAAUAAAAACUGUAAUACUGUAUAGAAAAAUAAGACUUUAAUCAUGAGAGUAGGACAUACUAAUAACAGUUAUAACUCAUGAGUCAAACCGUACUGUGUAGGAGGUGGAGCACUCAGUUGCCACUUUUGUUUUGUAAAUUGUGCAUUUGUUCAUAAAGAAAUAUUGUAUAUUUAUUAUUUCUGGAAGAAAAGAGUA